UCGCUAUUACCACGUGUUCCAGCAGGGGGAGCUGGAGCAGCUGUGUGCUCAGGUGGCUGGAGUCAAGGUGCAGAGCAGCUACCAUGAUCAGGGAAACUGCUUACGUCUUUCCGAACUACAAGACCCACAAUUCAACGGUUGACGGCUAUACGACACUUAGCAGCAGCAUUGACGGCAGUGUCAUGGCGGCGUCCGGAGUCAGUUUCGAGAGCUCGAGCUGCAUCGAAGAAAGAAAGGAGAGCAAACGACAGGCACGACAAGAGGCGAUAGAAAAGGCCAAGCAGCGGUAUGAGAAGGAGGAAAGGAGGAAGGAGCUGAAGAGGCAGAGAGGGGAGGACACAUGGAUGCUCCCUGAGGUCAACCAGAGGCUGCAGGAGAUAGAGGAAGAGGGCACUGUGAAGAGCAAGAAGAAGAAAGAAAAGAAAUCUAAAAAGAAAAAGGAGAAGAAGAAGGCUAAGAAGGAGAAGAAGGCAGCAGAAGCAGGAGAUGGCUCUAAUGACAGCUCAGAGGACUCAGAGGAGGAGUGGGUUGAGGCUCAGUCUCAGACACAUACUGCUAAAGCCUGGCAGGUUCCUGAUGAGUCCAAGCCUCCAGAGAGCAACGUCAGCCCAGCGCAGAAUGUCCAGAGAGACGAAUGGAUGACCUUUGACUUCUUGGCAAUGAGAACCACAUCCACAGCAGAGAAGAGAGCUGAGAAAGAGCGUCUGAAAGAGGAGGAGAGGGCGAAAGCUCAGGCCAUCGAACAGGCCGGUUUGCACAAAUUGGAGCUAAACCCAUACUGGAAAGAUGGAGGAACAGGUCUGCCCCCUGAGAAGAUGGCGGGUACUGCAGCAAAAAAAGAUGGCCCAGUCGUGAAUGAUGCAGGCCUGGGCUGGCUGAGGAAGAGCUACCAAAGGAUGAAGGAGCAGGCAGAGAGGGAGCAGCGCAGCCUCAAUGAUGUGGUAGCAGAGAGAUAUGGAUCAAUGGAAGCAUUUCAACAGAGACUUGCAGAUGCUGAGAAAGCUGUGUACGGACAGAGCAGAGGAGGAGAAGGAGACAGAGCAGCGAGAGGCGAGUGGAGGAGAGGAGAGAAUGAGGACAGAGAGAGAUGGAGGAGGAAAGAUGGAGAGGGAGUAGAGAGAGAUCGGUGGAGAAGAAAGGAAAGGGAGAGAGAUUCAUCGCCUACAGACAGAGAGAGAUACCAUGCUGGAAGAGGAGAGGAGAAGGGAAGAUAUGGAGGCAGAGAGGGAGAGAGGGGUCGAGACAGGGACAGGCUUAGAGAGAAGGAUAGAGAUAGAGACAGAGAGAGAGAUAGAGAUAGAGGAAGAGACAGAGACAGGGAGAGGGAUGGAGGAAGAGACAGAGAAAGAGACAAUGACAGAGGUAGGGACAGAGGCAGAGAGAGGGAUAGGGAUGAUGAAAGAAAUCAAGAAAGAGAUAGGCCCAAUGCUGCAUCAUCAUCUGAGCAAAACUGGAGUCAACGUUCUUCCUCUCUUGGGUCACUCAAAAGCCGUUUCCUCAAACCCUCAGAAGAGGAUGACAGCGGUGAAGCUCCAGAGCGUUGUCCUCCUCCAGCACGGCCGUCCACGGGCUUCCUGAGACCCAGCUCUGAUGAUGAAGACUCUGGUCCACAUAUCACCAGCAUGCCAGCCUGGAAGAAAAGCAGCACUCUGGCUCAGGGAUCUGCCUGCUCUGAAAAACCACGGCAGGAGAAAGAGAGGGAUCCUGGAAAAACUGUAACUGCCUCUCAAGACGAUGUCGGUGUUGAUAAAUCCGCCGCAACAACAUCAAGGAGUGAGAGUGACAGUGAGGAAGAAGAGGAGGAAGAGGAGGAACUUCCACUGCUGUCAGAGGAGGAGAUGAACAAACUGGGAGCCAAACUGGUGAAGGCAGAGAUUAUGGGCAACAUGGCCAUGGUUGAGAAGCUGAAAUCACAGCUGGACGCAGCACAGAAAGCCAAAGAGAGCCACACUGCCCGAAAGAAGCUACAAGAAACGGCUAAAUCAAAGGUCACAGGUGAAGACCAGGAAGUCCUGCUGUUCAGAACAGACCAAUCAGGUCGCGCUUGGCCAGUCAAUACCCCCUCGGGACCCCAGGAGCCCCACGGAGGACGACGAAAGAAGAAACCGAUUGAGACCCAUGUUGAUGGGGAGCGUGUGCGCUACUUCCAGGAUGAUGACAAUGUGGGUCUGAAGGAGAUGGUGCGGAGGGAGAAGAUGAGCUGUGCACAGGAUCAGAAUGCUCUCUACUCUCGCAUGGCUUCCAAGAUGAUGGGGAAGACAGACGGUGACAACUACACGCUGGAUGACAUGUUUGUGUCGAGUGCAGCGCAGCGGGAGGGCGAGGGCAGGGAGGAGGAGAGGAUGAGGAGCAGAGCCAUCGUGGAGAGUAGGAGGCUGGCUGCCUCCAUGGAUAAAUGCCAGCACUGCUUCAGCAGCCAACAGCUCCAGAAGCACCUCAUUGUGGCAAUAGGGAGCAAGGUGUAUCUUAGCCUGCCUGCGGGAGUGUCGAUGACAGAGGGCCACUGUCACAUCUGUCCUCUCCAGCAUCACUGCUCUGCCACAGGACUGGAUGAGGAUGUGUGGUCAGAAAUGCAGCUGUUCCGCCGUACUUUGGUGCGUAUGUUUGAGUCCCAGGAGCUGGACUGUGUGUUCAUGGAAACUCACAUGAACCCACGCAAAAGACAACACAUGGUCCUAGAGUGCAUCCCACUACCCAGAGAACUGGGCGAUAUGGCACCUAUUUACUUUAAGAAAGCUAUCAUGGAGUGUGAUGAGGAAUGGGCCAUGAACAAGAAGGUUGUCGACCUCUCUUCGAAAGACAUCCGCCAUGCUGUUCCUCGAGGUCUCCCCUACUUUGCUGUAGACUUUGGCCUCCAGGGAGGGUUUGCUCAUGUCAUUGAAAAUGAACAGAAGUUCCCCCAUUACUUUGGCAAGGAAGUGGUAGGAGGCAUGAUGGACUUGGAGCCGCGACGUUGGAGAAAAUUUAUCAGAGAGAACUUUGAUGACCAGAGGAAAAAAGUCCUACAGUUUGCGCAGUGGUGGAAACCGUACGACUGCACCAAGACUGAGGGCUAGCUGGACAUACGAGCAGAAAAGGGUAUACUUUGCUGAAUAGUGAAGAUUACACACACACACACACACACACACAAACACUGUGGUGCAGACACUUUGCACCUACUUAUUCAAAAUUUAAUGGAAAAUUCAUUUUAAAGGUUUUAAUAUGAGAACCUUUUUUUUAUUCAAAUAAAAAGUCAAAUAAAAAACUACUUUGAUUCAAGUAUUUCGUUUUCUGAAGGUAUUUCAGCAUCAAAUCAGACUCUUGGGAAUGCCUUUGUUUUAGCUUUUUUUUUUAACCAGCAUGCAAAUAUACAAUAGCAUUUGAAACAAAUACAAUGUGACUUUAUUGAGAAAUUCUCUCACUUCAUGCCACAUAUACGACAAGGUUAGUGGAUUGGGGCAUAUAUCUGAAGCAGUGUCUCGCGGCCAAGACCUAAAUUUGGUGUCAUGCCUGUGUGUCAUACCCCCUUUUUUGUAACGCUUCUCUUGCCAGUGCUGCCCUUUCCUGCUCUACGGCCCUGGCAUUUCAUUUCUUACUCUGUGGCCUUUUCAUCCUUUCCAGCUGUAGCUUAAUUCUAGGUUUCAGUGUCAUCACAGCCACAUAUCGAUGUGUAUACACGAGCAAUCAGACACCUUG